AAGUUUACGUAAACGUCGAAUCUAUUAGUGAGAGUGAAGUUGUCAUUAGUUUUAUACCUAAAUAAGAAAAAUAAUAACUACAAUGAAUGGCAACAUGGUCACCGAAAUUAAUAAUUUAAAAUAUUUAUCUGGUUUUGGAAAUGAAUUUGCCAGUGAAGAUAGUCGGUGCCCAAAUUCACUCCCAAUAGGACAGAAUACCCCACAAGUGUGUCCCUAUGGCUUAUAUGCUGAACAACUAUCGGGAACUGCUUUCACAGCACCCAGGGAUCAGAACGAGAGAGCUUAUAUAUUUUCAAAACAGGUGGUUAUAUCGGAUCCGGCCAUCAGUUAUUCACAGCCCAUUCAAAGCAUACAAUGGAAGUAA